CUAUACGAGGCCCAAAACGUCCGGCCCAGUACUAACGACACGCGAGUUUAACCCGAGCUGCAUGCAGCGUAGUUGGGGCUGCGCGAGUGGAGGAAGCAAGGGAGCAUUUCAUCGACGCCGACACCGACGCCGAUUUCAGGUAAGCCAUGGUGAAGCACAACAACGUUAUCCCGAGCUCUCACUUCAGGAAGCAUUGGCAGAACUAUGUCAAGACCUGGUUUAACCAACCUGCUAGGAAGACCAGGAGGAGGACUGCUCGCCAGAAGAAGGCUGUGAAAAUCUUCCCUCGUCCAACCACUGGGCCCCUGCGUCCCAUUGUUCAUGGACAGACUCUCAAGUAUAACAUGAAAGUGAGAGCUGGUAGAGGCUUUACUCUUGAAGAAUUGAAGUCUGCCGGGAUUCCAAAGAAACUUGCACCAACAAUUGGAAUUUCUGUUGAUCAUCGUAGGAAGAAUCGUUCUCUCGAGGGUCUUCAAGCUAAUGUUCAGCGUCUGAAGACAUACAAGGCCAAAUUAGUGGUCUUCCCAAGACGCGCCAAGCAUAUCAAGGCUGGUGAUUCUCCUGCGGAGGAAAUUGCCAAUGCCACCCAGCUCCAAGGCCCCUACCUUCCAAUUGCACGUGAGAAGCCUACAGUUGAGCUUGUGAAGGUUACCGAUGAGUUGAAAUCAUUCAAGGCAUAUGACAAACUUCGCGUGGAGAGGAUGAACACACGCCAUAUUGGUGCCAGGCUCAAGAAGGCAGCAGAGGCAGAGAAGGAAGAGAAGAAAUAGAGAGCUUGAUGCGCACUUGGUGUCGGGUUUCAUUUUGGAAGGAUUUUUGUUUUAGAUUUUCAUCUGUUAAUUGCGGGAUUUGUUUCUUGAACCCAUCAAUUUUAGAGUUUGUAAACUUAAGUAAUCCAAGUUAAAGAGAUGCUUCCAUUGCUGUUUA